AUGGUGUUCCUUGCGAAGAAGGCAAGGAGAAAUCAAUCUGGCAGCACGGAGCUGCACGCUGCUUCGACUGCCUGGGCAACUCGCCCAGCUCUAGCAAACGACAAGCAGUCAUCGCCAGGGGACUUCUUGGUGUUUGGUCUUGCUCUGAUUGCUGCAGUGAGGCCGACAACGGUGCUGGGAAGCACUGCCAACUAUGCAGCCAACGCCAGGUUGCAAAAAUUGAUCGGGCUAGGCAAAGAAGGGCCGCGGGGCAAACUUGGAUCCCAGCUCCAUAUGACAACGAGCGUUACCGAAAAGGACUACUUGAUUUUUUGGAGGCCAUUGAAAGACAGCGAGUUUGGUGUUCGACCAAGAAAAAUGGUCAAUCACACGAAGAAGAAGAACAAAGUGGAGGCUGUCUAUCGCGUUAUCGUCAAACUUGUGAUGAGCAUGAACCCACUUGCCAGAGCCGAGGGCCUUGUUGAAACACGCACACCGCACCACCAGAUACAAGGCAAGACCGGGCAACGGUAUUGCCAAAGACCGACAAUCCUUGGCACCUGA